AAACCGGUAAGAAUUUUCGCGAUGUAAUGAUGCUAUACAGCAGACGGUUGAAAAGAAUUAUUCGAAAUUGGCCUGGGUUUAAGACCUUUGGAGAAUACUGCUUUCUUCCAGUAUUUUUCUUCCUUGGAGCGGGAAUAGAAUUUGCCAUGAUCAACUGGAAACCUGGACAGGUUAACUUCUACGACGUGUACAAACGCAAGGCAGUGGAAAAGGCAGUUGAGCAGAAGCUUCGAGAACAAGUUGAUCGGAUUUAACGAACCAAGGAAUUGAUACAUUGCAA